GAAUUUAUAGUGAGCUUUCCGUAUGGUAAUUUUUGAAAAGUUCCUGGAUAAGCGCUACAUUUUUAUGCCUGAUCUAUUUAAUGAAACACAAACCAGCGGGACUCUUAAAGCACAUCUUUUCCUCAGAUGCACUCAAAUCCUUCCUGAUCUACAACAAGCACACAUACUUAAACAAACUUACAUUUUUGCUUGCAAUGGAAAGAGAAACUAACACGCAGGCUUGCUGCUCUGAAACUAUCUCCACAUUUGAAUUUACUCUGGAUUAUAACACUUGAGCGGCGAACAACCCAGAAGAGAAGAGAACAGUGACACAACCAAUUAAACUGUGUUCUUCCCAGGCAGGGAUGUGUUGUGUGUUACUCUGAGGAGGACUAGUUGUAUCCUACAACCCUGCGAAUGAGGGUGGGGCUCUCCCACUGCCAUAGACAAAGACUGCACAAAGAAUCCUGGUGUGAGCGCUGGUCAUCUGGGGCAGUUGUUGGACUUGCACGGCCACCAUGGGGUGCAACAUGUGUGUGGUCCAAAAGCCUGAUGAACAAUACAGGGUCAUGUUCCAGAAGGGUCACAUAAGCAACAUGCUGUGCUCUUUUGACGCAGACGGUCGAUUGAAGGUGAAUGGGAAAGAGCUGACCCGCCUUUCCGGGGAUCCCACCCUGGACAUACGGGACCCUGUGCUGUCCAACAUACUGAGGCGGGGGGCCCGCAGACGGGCGGGCUUAGCGGGAGCUCCUGGAGGGCAAGUGCCAGUGACUAUGGGCAUGGCCGACUGUGUGGACAGCUGCACCCAAACAGACAUCAGCUUCCAGCAUAUGUUGACACUGGGAAAGAGCAGCCAGCAUCCCUGCGGAGCUCCACCCCCACCCGACCCUCCACCAUCCCCUCCACUACCACCACUACUGGAGCCAUAUCUAUUCAAUGAACUCUUUAUAGAGCCUGUAUACUAUGACCCCACAGACUACUUCGACAUCAACCAGCAUGAAGUGGACAGGCAGGAUGAGCUGGAAUAUGAGGAGGUGGAGCUGUAUAAGUCUCGUCAGCAGGAUAAACUCGGUCUGACAGUAUGCUACAGAACUGAUGAGGAGGAGGACCUUGGGAUCUAUGUAGGAGAGGUGAACCCCAACAGUAUUGCUGCAAUGGACGGCCGCAUCCGCAAAGGGGAUCGAAUACUACAGAUAAAUGGAGUGGACAUCCAGAACAGAGAGGAGGCGGUGGCUAUUCUCACCAGAGAGGACAGCACUAAUGUAUCCCUGCUUCUCGCACGACCCGAGAUAGAGAAUGACAACCAGUUGGAUCCAGAUGAGCUGGACCUGGAGCCACUGGACAAUGCUGUCCACCUGGCCAGCAACCAUAGUCUAAGGACCAGCCCCUCUGUUCUGGGUGCCGGACCUGGAGGUUUUGCUGGUGGAGGUGUACUACCUAGCCACAGUCACUCACUGAACAGGGAUUCCCCCAGUUUGCUUCAGACAGUUCUAAGCAACAGCCAGGAGCUGGACAGUGGGGUUGGACGUACAGAUGAGAGCACACGCUAUGAGGAGUCUUCAGAACAUGACCUUCUGGGAGAUGACCACACUAGUGCCUCCAAUACGAAUGCAACCAACACACCAGGCAGCAUGCGCAAAUGUUUCUCCAGCCGAGGGGAAACUCCACCCUUGCUGCAUUCACAGGACCUCCAGUUCAGCACUGACUCCCUGCUAGGACUGGAAUCUGUUAAUGGAUGCAGCCUGGAACAGGGGGAGCGUUUGGAGAGGCCCUACAAGGCAGAUCCUGUGAGAAUGAUGAUGCCUGGACUGACUGAAGAGGAGUGUGAGAGGUACAAAGAGCUGCUGGAAAUCAAGUGUUACUAUGAAAAGAACAGUAAUGCUCCAAUGUUACUGGGAUGUCAGGGGUCAGAACAAGAGGAAGGGGGUGUCUCACUGGAUGUGAACAGGAAUGAAAGUCUGACGCAGCAUGAGAUGGCUCUCCUGGAAGAGGAACUGCGCCACUUGGAAUUCAAGUGUCGUAACAUCCUGAGGGCACAGAAAAUGCAGCAGCUGAGGGAACGAUGCCUGAAGGCUUGGCCUCUAGAAGAAAAGAAUGGGGCAAGUGCAGGGGCUGCAGUAGGAGCUGGACACUUGGACAUUAAUGGUACUUUGGUCAGUGAGGAGUCUUGUCACCAUGCUCUGUCAGAUAUCAAUGAGCUUCCAGAGAGGGAACGCUCCGAUAAAGAUAGUACGAGUGCCUACAACACUGGAGGGGAAAGUUGCAGGAGUACCCCUCUUGCCAAUGAACAGUACCCUUCACAUUGCACACAGAGUCUGGAGGGAGGAGAGUGUCUUCACUCAGCAGGUAUGCAGAUUCCAGGGUCCAGUCGGCAAAGAGAAAGAGGAAUAAGGGCUGACAGAGGGGAUGCGAUACAAGCAAACUUAAACCAACUUUAUUCUCCCCACGCUCACAGGCGAGGAGCUGAGGCUAAGACUUCCAGCCCUGGUGCAAAGGUUAGGUCCCUGUCCCGAGACGGAGAAACCAGGAGAGGCUCAGAUGGAGGGGUGAGACGUAACCCCAAAGCGAACGGGGUGGCUGAUAGGGCUGGUGGACACAGUGCAGAAAACAGCCCUUAUUUGUCUCGCCGUCAGGCUGAAACACAGCCGCCUCAGCGCUACCUGAGCUGUAUGCAGCUGAGGUCCCCCUCUACUUCUGAGCGGCUGGGUGGACUAAGAAAUGCUCCCAAGGAGGAUAUUAUAGAUAACGGUGGUGACGAAAGCCCAAUGAGCCUCGGUAGCACAUGCAAAGAUGUCGUCCAGGCCCCAGGUGCUGCAUCUUUACACCUGUCUCCUCCACUGCUGGCUGCCUCCCCUCGAAUGGAGUGGAAGGUGAAGAUCCGCAGUGAUGGCUCACGCUACGUGGCCAAACGACCUGUGAGGGAUCGCCUCCUGAAGGCACGCGCCAUGAAGAUCAGAGAGGAGCGCAGUGGCAUGACAACGGAUGACGAUGCUGUAAGUGAAAUGAAGAUGGGACGUUACUGGAGCAAAGAGGAGCGCAAGCAGCAGCUGCUGAAGGCCCGAGAGCAGCGGAGGCGCAGAGAGUUCAUGAUGCAGAGCCGCCUCGACUGUCUGAGAGAGCGUGAGAGGGAGCAGGGCAGCAGUGGAGGAGGACAGCAGGGAACCACACACCAGCAAGAACCAACUUCCAUCCUGGAGUUGUGUCACCGCAGGAGCAUGAAGAAGCGCAGUCGCAAAAUCCUGGACAACUGGAUCACUAUACAGGAGCUACUGGCUCAUGGGACCAGGUCUGCUGAUGGGAAGAAAGUCUACAACCCCCUGCUGUCUGUCACCACAGUCUGAGAAAAGAUGGGAGGGACGGCAGAGAGUUAGGAAUAUAUAGAAAGUGCCAAAGUGUUUUGCCUUUUGGAUGAACAGCUUCAGUAAAGUUUGGCAUGAAUAUUAAUCUGCAGAGAUGCAGCAACACAAAUUCAUGAUGGUAAUAUAAACUAGCAAACAUUAGACCCAAGUUUAAAAUAUAAAAAUGAGAGUGCCAGUAAUACUAUUGUGAAAAAAUUAUGAUCCAUUUUGGCAGUGCAUUCCAAGACCACAAAUGCAGUGCAUCUUAAAUAUACCAUAGCAGGUUAAGAGACCUAAAAACAAAGGAAACAGAGCCCAGAUUGAGCACAGAAUUAACUGUAAAAACUUAACACAAUGGAGCGAUGCUGUCAGGGACCGAACGACCUGCUGUUUAAUCACCGGAAAAAUGACCUCUAUUACAUUUUUAUGAUUGAAAGAAUACAGAAAACUCAAAAGGGAAGCCAAGAACAAUGCAGUUGUGAAAGAAAGGUGAGGAAAAGUCACUCCUGUGCCAUAAAAUUGUAUAUUUAGUGUCCACAAAGGACUUCUGAUUAAGCACACCUUCAAAAGAACAUUUUGUGCCAUUUUAUGUAGUUCAAAUUUCCUACAUUCUUGAAGUGUUCAUGUACAAAUGCUCCUUUGUUUUUGUCAUUUAAAAGCCAACAUCUUCAGCUGACCACAGAUGCUUCUUGAUUAAGAGGAGCUGAGCGGUGCCUUCCUUUUGGGCAGACUUGACUGUAUAUAGUACAUUUUUCAAACUGAUACAAAAAAAACCGAGAAAAAAUGUAGAGGAGAGAAUAAACAGUGAAGCACAAAGCAGCCUAAUCACCAUUUUUCUAAAAAGGCACACCGUAUCAUACAAGCACAUAUAAUUAUUCGAGUGUUUCAUUCAAACCAAACCAAUACAUUUUGGUUAGUAUGCAUUAUAGUUUAUCUUAAUGCUGACUGUAAUCAAGGCUAUUACAAUGCAAAAAAAAAAAAAAAAAAUUAUAUUAAAAAUAAUUAAUUAGGUCAACUUGAAUUGCAAUCAUAGCCAAGAAUGGGAUGACUAAUUUCUAAAACCCUGUAAACUAAAGCAAAUUUUUCAUUUGGCUUAUAUGCAUGUUUGAUUUUAAGACUUUUUCUUUCUUGUGUACUUUAAAAUUGAAGGCCUUUAACAUACUGUAAUUGUGGAUGUGUCUUUCUAUGGCUUUGCGCAAAAUCCUAGCAUAGAAAAAAAAAUUGUGUACUCGUCUGUUCAAUAUUGUGAAGUCCAGUGUCUGUCAUUUUACAGUGAAAGCUUUUCUAAAUAAACGCUGUGAUCAUCUUACUAAUAAA